GCUGUGAAUGAGUUUGACACCAUGACCGCUGAGGACUCCACUGCAAGGAUGAGCAACGAUUCCUCCAACAUGGCUACCACGAAAGUCCCUGAAGGCGUUGCUGGUGCGCCCAACGAGGCAGCUCUGCUAGCCCUCAUGGAGCGCACUGGAUAUAGCAUGAUCCAGGAGAACGGGCAACGCAAGUAUGGUGGCCCUCCUCCCGGCUGGGAGGGUCUGCACCCUCCUCGUGGCUGCGAAGUCUUUGUGGGCAAAAUCCCCCGCGACGUCUACGAAGAUGAGCUCGUCCCCGUGUUCGAGUCCGUCGGCCGCAUCUACGAAAUGCGCCUGAUGAUGGACUUUGAUGGGAAGAACCGCGGCUAUGCCUUUGUGAUGUACACGCAGAAGCACGAGGCGAAGCGUGCCGUCAGGGAGCUGAACAACUACGAAAUCCGUCCCGGCAGGCUGCUGGGUGUGUGCUGCAGCGUGGAUAACUGCCGGCUCUUCAUCGGAGGCAUUCCCAAGAUGAAGAAGAGAGAGGAGAUCCUGGAGGAGAUUGCCAAGGUGACGGAAGGCGUGCUGGAUGUCAUUGUGUAUGCCAGCGCCGCAGACAAGAUGAAGAACAGAGGCUUCGCCUUCGUGGAGUAUGAGAGCCAUCGAGCAGCGGCAAUGGCCAGGAGGAAACUGAUGCCGGGAAGGAUCCAGCUGUGGGGACACCAAAUUGCUGUUGACUGGGCAGAACCAGAGAUAGAUGUGGACGAAGAUGUCAUGGAGACUGUUAAAAUUCUCUAUGUGAGGAACUUAAUGAUUGAGACCACAGAGGACACUAUUAAAAAGGUCUUUGGGCAGUUUAACCCUGGCUGCGUAGAGAGGGUGAAAAAAAUACGUGAUUACGCCUUUGUGCACUUUACAACCAGGGAAGACGCUAUUCACGCCAUGAACAACCUUAAUGGUGUCGAACUGGAAGGCUCGUGCCUGGAGGUUACCUUGGCCAAGCCGGUAGACAAGGAGCAAUACACUCGCUACCAGAAAGCAGCAAAAGGAGGGGUUGCAGCAACCCCCGAAGUAACUCAGCAACCUAAUUAUGUUUACUCUUGUGAUCCGUACGCACUAGCAUAUUAUGGAUAUCCGUACAAUGCCUUGAUUGGGCCCAACAGAGAUUACUUUGUGAAAGCAGGCAGCAUACGAGGCAGAGGGCGAGGUGCAGCUGGCAACAGAGCCCCAGGCCCCAGGGGCUCCUACCUGGGGGGAUACUCCGCCGGCCGUGGCAUCUACAGCAGGUACCAUGAAGGCAAAGGAAAACAGCAGGAGAAAGGAUACGAGCUGGUACCCAACUUGGAGUUACCUGCGGUCAAUCCAGUGGCCAUUAAGCCUGGUGCAGUGGCCAUCCCUGCCAUCGGGGCCCAGUACUCCAUGUUUCAGGCCGCGCCACCAGCCAAGAUAAUGGAAGAUGGCAAAAUCCACACUGUCGAGCACAUCAUCAACCCAAUAGCCGUCCAGCAGGACCCAGCCAGCGCGGCAGCUGCCGCGGCCGCAGCUGUAAUACCAGCUGUCUCAACACCUCCUCCCUUCCAGGGCCGCCCCAUCACGCCAGUGUACACCAUGGCUCCCAACGUGCAGCGGAUCCCCGCCGCCGGCAUUUAUGGGACAAGUUAUGUGGCCGUCGCAGCCCCUGCC